AUGGUUAACAUGGGUGCCGUCUGCCGUGCUGCGGCUUUCUUCCUUCCUGCCCUCGUCGCUGCCCAGAGCGGUGUCGUUGGCACGCCCUCCGGUUUCGCCACUGGUGUCACUGGCGGUGGUGAUGCUUCGCCCGCCGCUCCCUCGGAUGUUGCCGAGCUGAUCUCGUGGCUCGAGGACGAGACGCCCCGUGUCAUCCUCGUCGACAAGGAGUUCAACUUCAUCGGCACCGAGGGCACCAAGAGCGACACUGGCUGCCGCCCCGACAGCAACACUUGCCCCGACAACGGCGGCCAGGAUGCCAUCAACGAGGCCAACUGGUGCAGCUCCGACUACCCCUCGGUCGACGUCAAGUACGAUCAGGCCGCCAUGGAGGGUAUCAAUGUCAAGAGCAACAAGUCGCUCGUUGGUGUUGGUGACAAGGGUGUCCUCAAGGGCAAGGGUCUCCGCCUGACCGGCGGUGUUGAGAACAUCAUCAUCCAGAACGUCCACAUCACCGACCUGAACCCUCAGUACAUCUGGGGUGGUGAUGCCAUCACCCUCGCUGGCUCUGACAAGGUCUGGAUCGACCACUGCAAGUUCUCUCUCGUCGGUCGCCAGAUGAUCGUCACCGGCUACGACAAGGCCGGCAAGGUGACCAUCUCGAACAACGAGUUCGACGGCACCACCGACUGGUCGGCCUCGUGCAACGGCGAGCACUACUGGACCGUCCUCGUCUACGGCGCCGACGACCAGAUCACCUUCGCCAACAACUACAUGCACGACACGUCGGGCCGCUCGCCCAAGAUCGGCGGCGCCGACGGCGCCGGCAUCACCUUCCACGCCGUCAACAACGUCUUCCAGACCAACAAGGGCCACAACUUCGACAUCGGCUCGGGCGCCGAGGUCCUGCUCGAGGGCAACGUCUUCAACGACUGCAACCAGCCCAUCACGGCCAAGAGCGCCUCCGAGGGCGGCGCCAUCUUCAACACCCCCUCCGGCUCCGAGUCCAGCUGCUCCAGCUACCUCAAGCGCGACUGCGUCGCCAACAGCCUCACCAGCUCCGGCGACUUUGGCGAGUACAAGGACACGUCCGUCCUCGAGGGCUUCAACGGCGCCACCUCCAUCUGGGAGGCCGUCAGCGCCGACGAGGCCGGCUCCGACGUCGUCGCCAACGCUGGUAUCGGCAAGCUUUCUGGCGGCGCGAGCAACUCGACCGCCAAGUUCAGGCGUUUCUAA